AUGGCAAGUGGAACGGGUCCAGCACCGAAUCAGGCUGACACUGUAACAUUCUGGCGCGGCCUGUGGUCAGAGCCCGAAAACCACAGCAAGGGUUCUUGGACGGAAGUUUUGGCGAGUAUAACGCCCAUGGACCCCGUCAUUAUAACGCCGGAGGACGUAGCCGAGGCGAUCCGUAAGGCCCCGAACUGGAAAAGUCCGGGACUCAACGGGCUGCAUCACUACUGGCUGAAGGGGUUUUUGGUGUGUCACACUGUGCUCGCCCGACAGCUCCAAGAGGCUCUCAACCAGAAAUCGCUCCCGAGCAUCUUCACUACUGGGAUCACUCAUUUGAUUCAUAAAGACCAGGAUACCACAGACCCGAGCAAAUACCGCACCAUCACGUGUCUACCGAUCAUAUACAAAACACUAAUAUCACUCGUCACCUGGACUCAAAUCAAGUGA